GCAGCAACGAUUGGCGCCGGCAGCUCGAUGGGGUCCGGGCGCUGCUGCUGCUGCUCUGUGGCGAAGGCGCUGCUGCUCUUCCUGCUGCUGCUGCUGCCGCCGCCGCCGCCGCCGCUGUUCGACGCGCCCCCCCAAGGACAGGUCCGCGCAGCCGGGCUCCUCUUCCCCGAUGUGGACGAAUGUACCCAAGGGAUUGAUGAUUGCCACCCAGAUGCAAUUUGUCAAAAUACUCCAAAGUUGUACAAGUGUACAUGUAAACCAGGUUACAGUGGAGAAGGAAAGACGUGUGAAGACAUUGAUGAAUGUGAUAAUGACUUCAAUGGAGGCUGCGUGCAUGAAUGUUUCAACAUUCCAGGCAAUUAUCGCUGCAUGUGUUAUGAUGGCUUCAUGUUGGCUCAGGAUGGCCAUAAUUGUCUUGAUAUGGAUGAAUGCUUGCUCAACAAUGGAGGCUGCCAGCAUGUUUGUGUCAAUACAGUAGGGAGCUACGAAUGUAUUUGCAAUGAUGGAUUCUUCCUCAGUGAUAACCAGCAUACCUGUAUUCACCGUUUAGAAGAAGGUAUGAGCUGUAUGAAUAAAAAUCAUGGCUGUGCCCAUAUCUGCAAAGAAGCACCGAAAGGAGGAGUGGCCUGUGAAUGCAGACCUGGAUUUGAACUGGCCAGAAACCAGAGAGGCUGCAUUUUGACUUGCAACCAUGGGAAUGGUGGUUGCCAGCAUACAUGUGAAGAUGCUGAUGAUGGACCUGUUUGUGGGUGUCAUCAAGAAUACAUGCUGCAUUCCAAUGGAAAAACUUGCCUUGAGAGAGAGGAAGCUACAACUGAGCUCUCUGAAAGCAAUGCAACAGCGGGAGCUGAUGUAGACAAGCGGGUGAAACGGCGACUGCUCAUGGAAACAUGUGCAGUAAAUAAUGGUGGCUGUGAUCGCACUUGUAAAGACACCUCAACAGGUGUUCAUUGCAGCUGUCCUCUUGGAUUUACCCUUCAGUUUGAUGGGAAGACAUGCAAAGAUAUUGAUGAAUGUCAGGCCAGUAACGGUGGAUGUGAUCACUUUUGCAGAAACACAAUUGGUAGUUUUGAUUGCAGCUGCAAAAAAGGCUUUAAAUUAUUAACUGAUGAAAAGUCUUGUCAAGACAUUGAUGAAUGUACAUUUGAAAGAACAUGUGACCAUAUAUGCAUCAAUCAUCCAGGCACUUUUGAGUGUACUUGCAACAAAGGAUACACACUGUAUGGCUUCACACAUUGUGGAGAUGUCAAUGAGUGUAGCAUCAACAAUGGUGGCUGCCAGCAUACCUGCGUAAACACACUGGGGGAUUAUGAAUGCCACUGUGAUGCUGGCCACAAAUUACAUUGGAACAAAAAGGACUGUGUUGAAAGGUCCAUGCCUGAUGUCAGUUUACCCAAAAUAUCUCUGCACUGCAUUAAGACUGAUGGAAGCAAUAGGUGUUUUUUAAUCUGCCCCUCUGACAUUCAUCUGAUCUCUGGCCUUGAAGAUUCCUACAAUAUAAAAUGUGGCAGCCCUUCUCCACUUAAGAAAAAAAAACAAAAUGCCAGUGAGUCAACUGCUCUAGAUCUUUCUACCAUCAGGACAAGCGUAACCUUUAAAUUUAAUGAAGGAAAAUGUAACUUGAGAAAGAGUAAGAUGUUUCAAGAUGCUCUUCAUCAUAUAAUACCAGAGAAACAUAAUUCAGUAAUGGAGAAGAACUUCUAUUAUGUAAAUCUGACGUGCAGUUCUGGCAAGAGAACUCUUGGAGACCUCAGCGGCUUGAAGGCAGCUAGAGAAAUGUUUAUAUCUGCAGACUUUGAGCUUGAAACAAACCAAAAGGAGGUGACAGAAACAUGCAAUCUGAGCUGUGCACGUAAGAGGACUGAGAAAAGGCUUCGUAAAGCAAUUAGAACAUUGCGGAAGGUGAUCAAUAAAGAACAAUUCCAUAUUCGCCUGUCUGGUGUGAAUCAUGAUGUGGCCAGAAAAUCUGCCAGGGUGCUGGAAACACAAGAAGCCUGUGGCUUGGGUCAAAGGCAUAUGGGCAACAAAUGUGCUAGCUGCAGUGUUGGAACAUAUUAUGACGGGGAGCAAGAAAGCUGCAUUUUAUGUCCGAAUGGAACUUACCAAGACAAUGAAGGCCAAAUAACUUGUGAACCUUGCCCAAAUCCACAGAAUCCCGGAAACCAAAAAACAGCUGGAGCUCACAGUAUAUCUGAAUGUGGAGGACAGUGCUCACCAGGUGAAUACUCAGUUGAUGGAUUUAAGCCUUGUCUUGCAUGUCCUUUGGGGACAUAUCAGCCUGAGCCAGGGCGAACAUCUUGUUUUAUCUGUGGUGGAGGUUUGAUGACCAAACUUACCAGUGCAACAGUGUUUCAGAAUUGUGAGACUAAAGUGCAGUGCUCACCUGGUCAUUUCUACAACACUACAACACAUCGUUGUAUCCGCUGCUCUGUUGGAACAUACCAGCCUGAGUUUGGACAGAACUACUGCAUUUCAUGCCCUGGAAACACAACGACUGAUUAUGAUGGAUCAACAAAUGUAACUCAUUGCAAAGACAGGCACUGUGGUGGUGAGCUUGGAGAGUUUACUGGAUACAUUGAAUCCCCAAACUAUCCUGGAAAUUAUCCUGCAAACACAGAAUGUACUUGGAGUAUAAAUCCUCCUCCUAAACGCCGCAUCCUGAUAGUGGUUCCGGAAAUAUUUUUGCCAAUAGAAGAUGAAUGUGGAGACUACCUGGUGAUGAGAAAAAGCUCUUCCUCCAAUUCUGUGACCACAUACGAAACCUGUCAAACCUACGAACGCCCUAUAGCUUUCACUUCCAGGUCUAAGAAGCUGUGGGUCCAGUUCAAGUCCAAUGAAGGAAAUAGUGCCAAAGGAUUCCAGGUCCCUUAUGUAACAUAUGAUGAGGAUUAUCAGGAACUAAUAGAAGACAUAGUCAGAGAUGGUAGACUGUAUGCAUCAGAAAAUCAUCAAGAGAUCCUUAAGGAUAAGAAGCUGAUAAAGGCAUUGUUUGAUGUCUUGGCACACCCACAGAACUACUUCAAGUACACAGCACAAGAGUCCAGGGAGAUGUUUCCAAGGUCUUUUAUUCGAUUGUUGCGCUCUAAAGUCUCCAGAUUUUUGAGGCCUUACAAAUAAUGAAUGCUAUAUUUUGAAAACUUAAAAAGUUACUGAUUGUUCAGCAGGUUUGUUAUGUAUUCUCUAAGAUGGGGAAAUUUUCAGGAAGCUGCCCAGUCAGUUGUAUACAGUGUGUAAAUUUUUUUAUUAAAAAUAUAAUUAUUUCAUUGCCAUCUGUUUUAUUUUCUGCCAUUAUAUUACCUACUGCAGGGGUAGUC